AUGGAGAUUAACGUAAGCCGAAGUUGUUUGGCCAUCUUUCUUAUGCUCUUUGUGUCGGGUUUGACACAAAUCCGAGCUUCGGACACCAUAGCCUGCUACGGCAAAAACAGCAAAUGCUCUAAGAAGAAGAUUAUUUGCCCCAGUGAAUGCCCAUCAAGAUAUCCCAAAGACCCAAAAGCUAAAGUCUGCUAUGUCAACUGCAACUCACCCUUAUGCCAAGCCGAAUGCAAAAACCGAAAGCCAAACUGCAACAGCCCCGGUUCAGCGUGCCUGGACCCGCGCUUCAUCGGCGGCGAUGGCAUCGUUUUCUACUUCCACGGCCGGAAAAACGAGCAUUUCAGCUUAGUUUCCGAUCGCAAUCUUCAAAUCAAUGCCCGCUUCAUCGGUCUCCGGCCGCAAGGAAGAUCCCGCGACUACACCUGGAUCCAAGCUCUCGGCAUUCUUUUCGACUCGAAAACCUUCUCUCUGGAGGCCACGCCGGCUUCUUCAUGGGACGACUCCGUCGACCACUUGAGCCUCUCAUACGACAACGAACCACUCGCCAUCGCGGAGUCCCACCUGUCGUUUUGGCAGUGUCCCGAAACCGGGUUCAAAGUGGAGAGAACUUCGAGCAAGAACAGUGUUCUGAUCACCAUCCCGGAGGUGGCCGAGAUAGCGGUCAAUGUCGUUCCGGUCACUAAGGAAGACGAUCGGAUUCACAACUAUCAUAUUCCUGAAAAUGACUGCUUUGCCCAUCUGGAGGUGCAGUUUAGGUUUCAUGGAUUGUCGUCGAGAGUUGAGGGAGUGAUUGGGAGGACUUAUAGGCCGGAUUUCGAGAACCCGGCGAAGCUCGGGGUGGCAAUGCCGGUGUUGGGAGGCGACGACAGGUACCGAACGACGUCGCUUUUGGUGGCCAAUUGCCGCGACUGUUUGUUCUCCGGUGCGGGAGUUUUGGCGGACGAGCAGGAGGACACGGUGGGGGUGGAGUAUGGGAUGUUGGAUUGUAGUGGGAGUGGCGCGAGUGGGAAUGGAAUGGUUUGCAGGAAAUGA